GUCAUCAAUUGCUGUCUCUCCCACCAUCCGUCCCUCCCUUUUUAGCACUCUCCCUUGUUCCCGAUAAAUCACCGCUUCAGGCUGUGUGCGAUUUCCCAGUAGCAGCAGGCUCCCAGGGCUGCCCGACACAAAGCACGGCGCGCUAGUUCCGCCCGCUUUUGAUCCAGCAACUCCCUCGAACCAUGCCAUGCAAUCUGCAACUAGCCUUGGCAGCCCAAUUUUCCCUACCGCAGAAUCUCUGGCCGAAACGCUCAAGCGCAACAACGCCGGUUCACACGUCGCUUACUACCUCACUUUGAAGCAGCUUGGUGCAGAAGAAACACGGGCAGGCCAGCCCUAAGCAGCAGAAGUGAAACAUUCCCUAUCUUUCGCGUCGCUUCUCGGGCCCCAGACGGGUUUCUGUUCCAGCGGCAGGCGAAGUAGCUCGCUCCCACCUGCUCCCGACCGGCAGAACACACCAUGCGCUUAUCCUGGGCUCGAUGCCGAGCGAAUGGGCGCGCUGCUCUUCAGGUACAGUGAGCGACGAACACAGACCAUGCAAGCACGCUUUCCGCACCUGGCCGACCCACUGCCCCGGUAUCCAAUCGACGAUCACGGGGCGCGAUAACGAAAUCAGCCCGCACCUGCCCAGGUUGUUCGAUCCCAGUCGAUGUGCUCCAACUCGCCCUCCCCAUCGCUGCUGUUGACUCUUUUUCUUAUUCCCCUAACUUCCUCUCGUCUAGGCACCUCUGCCUCCCUGGCCGGGUCGAAUGUGCACACUAACAGCCCCCCUUCCCUCUUACCUAACCCUACACACGGUCCCCCCCGGAAGACCUGUCAGUCCGGUUCCUUGUUGCCUGCUGGCUGCUCUCACGCUUCAGCACGUGAAAGUCUCCCCCUCCCCCUGUGGGGACAUCUUGCAUGUUCUAAUGGCAUUUCUUUCUGGCUGAUACGUGAUGAAAGGGAAAUGAUGGCAUGGCAAAUUCUUGUGUUGGGACACGAUCGGACGCAUAGGACGCAUCUCCGUUGCUGCACUUUGACGUACAGGUCCUGAUUCCCUUCCACCCGAGCUUUGCUGUACAGCCUGGUGGAGCAUCGCGCACGUACAACACCGGAUUGGGGAGUGCGUAGUGAACAGCAGCAGCACCACCGCUGCUAAAGAUGAUGUCUCACCAGGGAGAGGGCGGAUCCAUUCACCCAUCGAUCUGAGACUAGAGCGAUAAUCUCCCCCUCCCCAUCUUUUAUCGCCUCAUCCUUACCUACAGAGGUACUUUAUGCGCACUCUCGUGCGUUGAUCGGGUUGUUCGCAAAGAGUUCCCGGCUCGCACACAUUCGGCCACGACUCUGGCACGUUUGCCGCCCAGAGUGUUGCAUGCGCUCGUGGGGAUACGUCCCGUUGUCUUAUCGUCACCUUCGAGAUACGGGUACCCACGACGGUCCGCCGCACACUUUCGUUCCAACUGAUCAAGUGGAUAACUCGAGCAAAAGACAGAACAUUGGGGCCUUUGUGUCACGGACUAUCACUGUGGACGCCCCGCCUGCAUCACGUCUUGUGUAACCACCCCUUCCGUAGAGGAAAGGAGGAAAAAGAGAAUACGACGUCCGCCCUUUCCCGCCGCCCCUGCAAGCACCCGCACGACCAAAAGGAGUGGACGGUUUUCCCCCUUAAACUAUAUACCAAAGAUAUAAAGCCUUCCGCUGUGGCGGACGCAGCGAGCUGUGAUGGAAAACGGCAGUCCAUCUGACGCAAGGCAAAGGCUACGUCUGACACGUCGUGUGCUGAGAAAUGAAACUUUAUCUGCGGCGUCUUUUACUGCAUCGCCCUGCUCACAUGCACAGUCCUGCCGUGAAUUGAUCAUUUCUCCAAUGCUGCCCAUCAAUUAGACUUUUCUGACGGCAGCACGCUAUCACCAAUACCGCGACCACUACUGGUUGGCGUGGUUGCCUACCUAGCCAUCAAUCACGUUGGUUCCGAACGCCGAUUUUGGGGAAAGGGCAGAUACGAGUGGCACUAGUGCAAUUCAGCUCCUGGCGGCCAUGCCCACAUGCCACUUUUUUGUUAAUUGACUCAUAGACGGACGCGAUGCGGGGUUGAAGAUGGUGGUCUUUUAGAUCGCGUACACACUUAGGACUUGGGAACCUGGAAUAGUUGAGCGCAUAAUUGCGUGGUUUUUUUAUUGGAAGGGAAGUCCCACCAGGCCAUGCAGGUGACGGCCAACGCUGCUCGCUUCCUCUUCUCUUUGCUCAACCACACACGUGAAGAUGAGGCGCCGAAGGCGGUCAUGAUUUCGUCACAAGGCUGACGUGGAAAGUAAAAUGCUGCCCUUGCGAGGCUUGCGAGGGGUGGAAACGGCGAGACAAGCGUAGGGGAUCGCGUUCUUCGUCACCUCACAUGCGGUGUGAUCUGGCUUGCUCACCUGCAUGAGCCUCAAGUCAUGUGAUUCUCUUGGUUUUUUCAAACCUCACAUCGACGAAGAACGGGUGCUAUAUUGCUUUCGCGCUUGGAAG